GCAGCUGAGGACGCAACUGCAUGCGACCUGCGGCUGCUCGGUCGCGCUUGCAGAUAGCAGCGCCCGAGCGGAGGCGCGCAGCCCUCGCGACGGGCGGCAAAUCGCCAUGUGCGCUAAAGCGGCGCGAGCGGAGGGUUUGAGCUUCGUCAGCGGGAGACAACCCUCUCAGAGAGGCCGAUUAUCUCUCGGCGUCGAGAGAGCCCGGAGGGCGGCGCAACGCCUCCAAUCGCCCACUUGCUAUCUCUUCUGCGUUUUUUUGUUUCUUCGUUCUUUGACGGCGAGGUGAGUGGACGGACGGGCCAGCAGACGAACGUUUGUAGCAGACGAGAGCGCCGACGACGUGCGUGGCACGGGAGACCUUCAGAGAAGCCGGGCACAUCGUGCGUCUGCAAGUGCUACAAGUAAAGCUACCGCUACCAGCCGCGGGCGGCGUGCUAUCUUCCGCGCCGCGCGAGCGAAUGUCGGCGUCGCCGUUCCAUCUCUGGUGCACCUGCAGGAUUUCAAAACCAGGGUAAAAAAAAAAGAAAGCAAAUCUGCCGAGUCGAGGAGAGUCGCCGACUGCGGCGCGCGCCUUGGUGCGCCUGUGUGUGCGGCUGCAAACCGGGAAGUAGCUUUGCAUCGAGCAGUCGGCUUCGGCGACUCGCUGCUUGCACUCGCGGCGUGCGUGACACGCGGUUGGAGGAGCGCCGGUGUAAAAGCCAUGGGCCCGCAUUGUCAGGAUUGUCACGUGGAGCCGCGCCGACUACUGCGACCACCGAAGUGUGCGUGCGUGUGUGCCGAGUGAGCGGGUUGAUGGCGACGCCCGUGCGCGGUCGACGCUCGUGCUCGGCGGGCUCCUGGUGCCGGCGUACACGGCACGGUGCCCCGUUUGCGACCGUGCUGGAGCUACUGCUGCUGCUGCCGAUGCUGCUCGAGCCGGUCUCGAUGGUCGUUGCGCCGCGGACCGUGCCAACGACGACCGACGACGGAUCGCCGACUGCCCUGCCGCCCUGCGACGUCGAAGGAGUGGCUUCGCGGGACGUGAUGCUCAAGAACGGGUCAGAGUUCCAGAUGACGUGCACGCUCUCUAGGUGGCCUUCGGAGCAGGAAUUCCAGAUGGGAAUCCUGCGCUCGCGCGACCACCUGGUGCCUAAAUCGGAGACGCUGCUGAACAACGCCACCAGCGUCACCUGGACGAGACCCCACGUGACGGCCGCCGAUGCGGGCACCUACUACUGCAUCGUCAGGGGAGGGGCCUGCGAGUCGGUGUACAACGCUACUGGCCUCGUUGUCGGUUACUUUCCGCAGAUGCCUCCUGCCCCUACGUGCUCGGGAGACAAGUUUGAAACAUUCCAGUGUACCUGGGAGACUCCGGACAACCGGGUCGAGACACGGUACGCCGUCAGCCUGAGAGUUGGGUCGAGUACAGUGUUCAGCCGUAUCGAGUGUAACAAAUCCUUGAGCAUCAAGCCAAGAAAUUUAACCUGUCAGCUGAAGACAUCUGGAAGGAUCAUCUACCGGAUCGAAGAAGAGGUCCUCCGCUUCGAGGUCGUCGGAAGCAACAUGUUUGGCGCUAAGCAGUGGGAAUACGUUGUGGACCACUUCGCCAAUGUGGUGCUCGAACCCCCGAAGCGCGUGUAUUGCAAUGCCAUGGCGUUCAAUGCCAGCGUGAACUGGACCAGCUUGCCUCGUAUAUCGACGUUUCCCAACGUGGUGUAUGAAGUGAGUGUAAAACACGACAACGGCGAAGACAUCUUGAUAUCGGUUCAAAACAGGCACGCCGCCACUGUCGAGGAGCUCAUACCGAACACACGGUACGAGUUCUCAGUGAGGGUCAAGUUCGCUAAGGCCACGGACAAAGUAUGGAGCCCUUUCAGCCACAGUCGAUACUGCAAGACCGACAAAACACGACCGACAGUGUUGCCCAAAGUGGCUGACAACAGCUUCAUCAUCCAGGACCUCGACGACCGCAGGAAAGUUCGACUAUACUAUCAGCGAGUGCCCAAGUUUCUGUGGAACGGCGACCACAUGAGCUACGUGCUGCACUGGUGCAGCAGCAGCGGCGGCUGCGGCACGCACAGGGUGUCCGGCGAGCGCUCCUACGCGGACCUGUUCAACCUGAGCCGCGUGGAGAGCUACACGUUCCACCUGUACUCGGAGAACGAGCUGGGCCGCUCGCACGUGGGCGUCCGCGUGCUCGUGCCCAGCGCCGACCUCCUCCUGCCACCGGUGCAACACGCCUACAUCAGCGAAGCGAGGGACUCGUCGUCUCGCUUCUCGCUCGCGAAGUGGGAGAAGAGGGGGUCCGACCAAGUGCACCACUACACGCUGUUCUGGUGCAGCCAGGACGGCAAGGACGCGGAGUCCUGCGCCGGCGACGUGUCCUGGGCGACGGUGAAGUCGGCCGGAGACGUCAUGACUGCGGUCGGCUGCGCGUUCGCGGGAAUGUGCAGGUACGGCGUCGCUACUCGCUCGGCGCAGGCCGUGUCGCCUAUGGUGUGGAUCGACUGCAUUGUUCCCCGCAGCAAAGAGUACCAGAACUUAUUCGAAGGACAAGACGCCGUGCACUACGAUGAAAUCACCGACACGACUGUGCAGCUUGCUUUCCUCACAAAGUGUUCAGGCCUCGUCGCCAGCCGAGUUGUACGUGUGUGUGCCAUCCAGGGUCAGGACGAGCCACAACGAAACGAGACGUCCUUGGAAGGAGCAACUGAUACGAGCCUACACAAUGUCUCAGACGCUGAUCUCACGCAGUGUUUCGAUCACGCCGUGGGCCCCGAGAAGGCGGUGCGCCUGUCCGAUCUGGAGCCAGCCACCACGUAUCGUGCCAGUGUGAGCACAAUGCUCGAAGAUGGAGCAACGGUUCAUCAUCGCCCGCUUAUCUUCAAGACUCAAGCGAAAUCAUCGUCCUUCAUCGGUACUCCGUUCAUCGUGUUGUACAUCGUCCUGGUGGUCGUCGCCGUUGUCGCCGUUCUAUCCUGGAAACGUGUAUCGGACUACAUCUCGAUGUACAAGAACACCCCCAUCAAAGUACUCAUCCCUGCAGACUUCGCGAAGGAACCUAUCAAGAGAAGCGAAAGCGUCCGGUCGAACCUACGAGAAUAUGUGUUAGGAAGCAAAGACUCUCCCUAUGGAUUGCCACAGAUUGCACUAAGUGAAGCCCAAAAAGUCGAAGACAGCGCGCAGUGUCCAGAACUUGGCCGUCUAUUCGGCGAGCUGUACCAAUGCGAUGGCAACGAAGCCGACGCUGCAGAGACGAGAUCUGUGCCCGAUAAGAGUUUCUCCACGAAUCCACCGGCAGCCGGUUAUUCCCUUGUCUCCACCACCCAGGACGAUCCACGGCCAGACUCAAACGAUGCCUACUCCAAGUUCUCCACGUUUCAGGAUGCCCCUGAGGACGUGCCCACGCUUUCCUUGUCAGCCAACUACUCCAGGCUGUCCUCGAUGUUCCUGGGUGGAUUCGGCGCACAGUCUGGAGGCGCCGCACCCUCAGCAGCUGAGAAAAAAGGCUACAGCAAAUUCGCAGCCUUCCUCGGCAAACCGAGCGCCGGCGACGAGAGCGAAUCGGAGCCCUUAAAGCCCCCGGACUGCGCUGUGCCUGUGGAAGCGCCACGUCAGGCCCCGGCAUCCCCUUACGUCCAGGUCGGCGAGAACGGCAUCGACGACGUCGGCGAGGUGGAAGGGCGCAUGCAGCCUUACGCCAAGCUGGGAUGCACGACAUCGCUUCCGUUACGCGUUGUUUCUUCUAGUCAAGGACCACCACAGAAAGCGCAAAACACUGCCUCCGGUUACACCCCGUUUCCGUCGUUGCUGUCGAUGAGCAAGCCGCGCGAGAGCGCACCGAAGGCUUGCGCAAACGCGGAGUGUGGCAGUGCACCGUGGCGUAAAGACAAUACGGCUGGGCAGAGUCAGCCCGAACAGCCCUACACUCGCGUCGGCUUCGACGCGUGCGCAUUUGAGGGCGCACCUACCGAAGGCCGAAGCCACUUGGACUCUUACACCAUUCUGAACACGUCCCUAGGGGACGUCACCGACGCCCUGCCGGGAGUUCACUGCGCGCCGCCCUACGUGAAGGCGACGCAAGAGCCGUCGAGGUCGCCACACCACGGGGACCCGUCCCAAGUGAAGAGUGACGCGCCUGCCCCGGCUUACUGCAAGGUUGGCGCCCCAACGACGUCACCUGACUGUGCGGACUCUGGCGCGAGGGAAGACUCCGGAACCUGCGCCAAACUGUCGGCGGUCGCAGUGCCAUCGUCCAUUGCCGAGGGUUGCUGCUACGUCGCCGCGCUGGCGCCGCUAGAGUGCCUCGAAGGGAGUGGUGGUGUCGGUGACCGCGAGGAACCAGCCGCAGAGUGGGAUCUGUGCGCGGAGGAGGCGGAAGACCUCUUGAGUACUGAGUACUCGGGACCAGCCAGAGAAUCGAUGAGCGCAAAACCGACGCUCCGCAGCGGCGGUUACACGUCGUGGGAAGUGCUGGCGAAGCAGAGGGACUGCGACGCGGAUGCAUUCGCGCGUGUUGUAAAGAACGCGUGAUUCGUGUGUGUGUGGGUGUGUCUGUGUGUGUGUGUGGGGGGGGGUGUUAAGGGGGGGUGCUUGAACGGACGGGUCAUUCCACCGUAAAGCUCUAAACCGCGAGGUGUCGUCCGCUUGGGCGCAUAUGAAGCCUCUCGGGAGUGAAUUUCUGUAGUGCGCGCUCUGACGAUGCCUAGAGUGACCUUGUAGUUGCGCAAUGCCGAUUGAGGCAUAAGGGAAGUUCCUACUAAUAUUAAUAGAGGUAAAUCUGGUGCUGGCAAGCCGUUUAACCGGUCUGGGAGUCACAGGUAGUUGACGAAUUCUAUGUUCGGUCAAAGUUUUGUCGAGAAAAGGCACGGAGAAUUUCUCGCCUUUUUUGUUUGUUGUUAAUGUUCCUUUGUGAUCUAGCCUCCCGAUAUUUGUUUUGAAGCGUUUCUGUUUUGAACGUCUACAACCAUAAUAAUUCAUCACGAUAUUUUCAGUCUAUAACUGAAUAGCGAUACUUUAUAGGUUAUGUCACGGAUAUCUUAGGCCUCGUGGAUAAUCACAUUGAUCAUGGGCAUAUCAUUCUAUUUCUUUGCACUCUGAACAUUGCCCCUGAGGUUCUGAGAAGAGGCGACUGUCCCUAUGUUAAUGGAACUAAUAAUUAGCCUACAACGAAGCUGACCUAAAGCAAUUAGUUACAGGAACGUGCUUAGGAGAAGCAGCAUGGACGUAGGAGCUAAGAAGAUGAAGUUCAGACUAUUCUUAUGAAAUUCGUGUGGUGCAUGAACCAGCAUAAAGGUGCUAUGUGCAGUCACCAACGGUAGAUCGCCUCUAGUGGUCUAAGCAUGAAACUCUGUCAACUGUGGGCAAGGUUGCUUUCCUGGACAACGUCGGAUUCCUCCAUGUUUGCUCCUUUGAGUCAAUCGGAAAGGAAGAGGCCAUCGUUGGAGCAAAUCGGAAAAAGCAAGAUAGUGAAAUCUGACAACAUGGUGGAACGUCUUGUGGUUCAGCAUAGUUUCAUCCUAAAACUGCCAGAGGCAAAUCUGGCGCUGCCAUCGUUCGACCACCAUAGGAAUGUACAGGUGGUACGCGGAUUUGUCAACAGGUAAUAUUCGCGUUUGUUGGUUCAGAUAGCAUUCCAGCUUUUGAUGUUAUCUUCCCAAAUUUCCAAGCAAUCGCAUCUUUCUCUGUAAGCGCAUGGGGGUAAUAAGUUUCUGUGCGUAUACAUAAUCAGUCGGAAUUGUUACAACUACAACGCAACAUAAUAUACAGUGAAAGCUCGUUAAUUCGAACUUCAAUAAUUCGAACUGUACGAUUUGGCCCGGCCAAGCUCCACAGAAGUCUAUGUAUAAGAAAGUCCGUUAAUUCGAACGCGAGAAGGUGCCCUCACGGAUAAUUCGAACUACGCUCGCCUGGCACACGGCCAGAGAAACGCGCCUACUGCCUACACACAAGGCUGUAUUGCCUCCGAAACGGAGAGAACGGCGACAGAAGGCAAAAUCGGAAAAAAAUCUAACCGACGCGGGGUCAGCCAGAAGCACGGUGGCCAGAAGGCAGCGGCGGCUGCCGCCUCUCCGUUCUGCGUAACCUCCGAGACUUCUUGCCCGUUGCGAAUCUCGGAGGCUUUGCAAAUCUUGUACAGCUGCUAAUGUUGUGCGGAGAUGUGCCGGCACGGCAAGCUCCGAAACACAGCGAAUCAAAUACGUCGCAGCUGCGCUUGCAAUCAAGAACCAACGAAUCAGGGCCUAUGCCACCUUCACAUGUUCAGCGUCUUUGUCUCGGCAGUCUUCAUCGGUUGUGCACCUCUGUUUUCAGCUUAGGGAGGUAUCGGCCGUCGCGAUUCAUUGUGAUGGUGUUAAGCCUCGGCUCACGUUCGUUUCGAUGGACAUCGGUGGUGUGGCACAGUCGGACCCGGAGCUUCGACUUGAAGAUGGCGUGUGCCCGCAGCACACGCCAUCACUUUCUGACACGCCAAAUUUCUCACAUGCCCUACUGCUUCCAAAUCGCAGUGUACUAGUUGCCCUCCUUCACUUUCAUUGUUCGAACUUUCGUUAAUUCGAACUGAAGAGGCUUCCCCUUGCGGUUCGAAUUAACGAGCUUUUACUGUAUUACAAUUUCGAAAGUCACAAAGUAGUUUGAAGCCAGAAAGAGUAAGUUUACAGGCAAAUCUGUGCACGACCCGUAAUUCACAUGCCAACUGAACGCCACCCUUGCAACUGCCGACGUCAUUUGCGCCAGAUUUCGCUCUAGUGAAUUUAGUAGGAAGCUAUGCGGCGUUCAAGACAGCCCCUAGGGCAAGAACGUUUAUGAGAGCGUUUUAGCUUGUCCUUAAACAGAGAGCAAGUCUUACUUCGUCCGCAAUUUUCUUACCGUGUGUGGUUAACUGCAGAACUGCGCGGCUGCGACAUAUUGUGACGUAGGGUUUAACCAGGGAGCCCACAAAGCGAAUACUGCGGUGACCUGCCCUAUCCUACGUAAGUGCUGGUGUAAAACGUUGGCAGCCACAAGAUUUUUAAAGUACAGUCUAUUUAUUGUGCUUCGACAAGAACACUGACUUGAUAGAAGUUUGUGAAACACAUCGCAGUUGGAUAAAGCGGCACAAGGUGUCCCUACCAGCUUUGCUACCGCCACCCACGGCUUCGGUAAUACGGUGAACCGCAAACGGCCACGAGUUUCCAGACUUGCAAAAUCUACCCAGUGUGCUGCUCUUACCGUGCUACCAGACACGUUUGCGUAAACGUUCGUGUUGGUGGCGCCAUCUUGUGGCAUAGGCAUUAACCAGGUGGCGCGCAGAGCUGUUACUGCCAUGACCAAUCCUUCUCUACUUAUGUAGAAAGCGUCAGCAUUGGCCUAAUCGUUUACAAGCAGUCCUUUUUAUUUUUUUUUCCUUCGACGUGAACAGUAAGGCAGCAGAAAAAAAAAAGGUUCAUUUGCGUUAUAGUUUGACAAAGCGUCACAAGAUGCCACUAGCAGCGUUACUACUGCCGCUCCCGGCUUCGGUAUCCCGGUAUUCUGUAAAGGGUACAACGUUUAUGCAAAGGCCAGAAUUUCUUAAGUUCUCUCCAUUCCGUCCACACGUCGAACGUUCCAUCAGCUUCUGAUGUUUAUCGUGACUGCUCGGCAAGUUCCGAGAUGCUAAGUGCCUGGAAGUUGAGAGGUACCUGUCGGCAGUAGAACUGCAUGACGGGCAAAAAAAAAAAAAGAAAAAAAGACGGGACACAGAAAAAAAUACUCUUCUUCAACGUGCUUCAGUACUUAUAUUUUGUAGAGACAUUCAUUGUGCGAGUGCUUCAUCAAAUCUUAAAUGACUAUUCUGAUGUUCCUUAAGGAAAAUCUAGUCGUUUCAUACACGUCUUUCACAGGCCCAAGGUCAAGCUCACUACAUAAUUACACAUGUCGCAAGUACAACAGUGUCUUCGCGGGAUGACACCGUCCAUUUAUAUUCCAAGGCAGAACAUGCCACACUGUAUAUAAAUCGGGGUGCAUUGUAAAUGCAGCAAUAAACUUUUGUCUUACUUUUCGAGCUUAAGCUCUCAUCAAA